CACCAUACGGCCAGAAAAGCGAAAAGUUCCGGUCGGCUCAAGCUGCUUGGCCUUGGCCUGCUUCCUGGCGAACCUCAAGGGCGAUGGGACAAGAAGCAAACGUUGGCUCGAGAACGGCGUCAGCUCCAGCAUGCCGUCUGACCUCGUGCUUUUCUCCAGCGCGGAGAACGAGACGAUGUCGCUGGGUGCCAUCUCCGUCGAAGACGUCGUGCUCGGUCCGCGAUACGCCAGCACGCUUCGAAUCAGCCUUAUUGGCGUCAUGCUCGUCCUGUCGCUCGUGGGCAACCUACUGGUCUGCUACAGGCUCCUGACGUCACGGCGCCACCGUCUGCUCAAGGCCCAGGUGCUCUUCCUGAACCUGGCCCUGGCCGACCUCCUGGUCACACUGGUCACCAUGAACUCGCAGCUGUUGUGGGAGAUCAUGGGCCGCGUGUGGAUCGCCGGCGACGUCCCCUGCCGUGUCUUCAAGGUGCUGCAGACGUACGCGCUCGUCUCGUCCACGUACAUGUUGGUGGGCAUUGCUGUGGACCGCCAUUUUGCCAUCUGCAACCCGCUGGCUCCGGCUCCCAAGCCGCGCUCGGUGGCGGCGGCCUGCUGGCUGCUGUCCCUCGUUCCGUCCCUGCCGAACCUGUUCGUGUUUCGGCUCGUCGUGGUCCGGGACAAGUACUACUGUGCCUCGUUCUUCUACGUAUACCACGACUCAGCUGCGUCCCGGCAAGCCUACAUGGCGUUUGUCUUCGCGUUCGUGUUCAUCGUGCCGUUGGUGGCGCUUGUGGCGCUCUAUACGAGCAUCCUGCUGCGCAUGUGGAAGAUAGGCUCAGCUUCGUCCUCUCCGCGGCAGCCCGAGGUGCUGGUCGGAGGUGCGUUUGACGGCGGCUGCUGCGUGGUAGACGGCGCCAGAAGCACGAUGCCGAAGGCGCGCCUGCGGACGCUCAAGAUGGCCGUGGUGAUAUUCGUAGCGUUUCUGGUGACGAACCUUCCGUACAUGGUGCAGGAGAUGCUGCUGGCGUUCGCGGAAAACGUCCAGCUCGGGCCGAACUUGGUCGCGGUUUUCGGCGUAAUAUCGGCGCUGAACAGCGCUGUCAACCCGUACGUCUAUCUGGCCUUCAACGGCGGUGCGGGAGUCGCUUGGUGCGACGCCCACGUGUGCGGCCUUUGGCGCCGAUUGACGUGUUCUUCGAACUCGAAGCGGACGGCCACGGUGACGUACCGCGGUCCGUGGUCGGCGGGGCAGUCUCGCCGUCGACGGCGACAUCUGACGGCAAAAGCGCCGCCACCUGCUCCGGAAAUGUGCGAGAGUUGCGAGAGACAGCGACAAAUUGAGGAGAAACACUGAGAGUGACAUGCAGCGUUUGAAUGCAGAAAUGUCUCAUUUAAUUUCAGCUUGCAAAUUAGCAGUGCCAUUCCCGUUUACGCGAAAAAGUAGCUCAAUCUGCAACAUAUAUUUUGGUACGCUCGUUCUCAUGCGGCUAAAUCAAAAUGGCACUUACAGCUCGCUAGCUUUUUCGGUGAAAGAAAACUGCGUAAUGCUCGA